CAUACAUCAACAACGACAUCACUAUGAAUCUAAACCUCGGCAUGCAUCUGACAUCGCAUAAUAGAUACCCUUUCCCCUCGUUGUCGGUUCGUUCGCAGCCCACUAUUCCCGUUCCACCUACGCCUUGCACAUAACAGGAGUGACACGCCUCCCGUUCCCUCCUGCAGCAUCCCGUCAGAUCAAACAAUGAUCAUUUCUCGCUCUUGUUUCUCACCAGUGAAACCCCUCAUCAGUGAUCCGUGCUUCUACAUUUUGGCGUCAAAAUUCGUAAGCCGUCUUAUCCGCCACGUUAGCUUUGAUGCCUUUCCGUGCUUUCGUCUCGUGCGCCGGCAUCCCUCUCGUUUCUCCAUAAACAACGUCCAAUAUAUCAAAUCUGCAUUGAAGCUCAUAAACGUGUCGAAGACACUCCUCAGCAAGUGCCGUCUGCUUCGCCAACGGAAUUCCGAGACCCGCACUUCGCGUUUCGCCAUUGCGCUCAUCGUGGCCUGUCUCAUUGCGUUCCACAGCAUCGAAGUUUCCGGCGUAGCGCCACGUUUUCGUUCUUCAAUUCCUCACAGACACCUCGGGUGGAUCGCCCUUCAUCGAUCCAAUAAUUUGAUAUGUUCAUCCCGCAUUAUGAACAUGUUGACCCGCCCGUGAUGGAGCGAUGCUUGCAGACGUCCGUUUCGUGUCAUUGCCUUACGUUGAGCAUCGCGAUCUUCUUU